AUGCAGGACACGAGGAAGUUGCUACAGGCUCCGGCGCAGGCGAUGGCGCCGCCGGUGGACUCCAACGUCGUCGUUAUUCUCGCCGCGCUGCUCAGCGCGCUGAUCUGCGUGGUGGGUCUGGCCCUCGUCGCGCGCUGUGCCUGGCUGCGCCGCUUCCCCGGCGUGGCGGCCCCGUCGUCGUCGUCGCCGCCGAGGAAGGAGGGCCUGAAGAAGGAGGUCCUGCGGUCCCUCCCCAGGCUGCCCUUCCGCCCCGGUUGCGGUGCCGCCUCCCUUGACUGCCCCAUCUGCUUGGCCGAGUUCCUCGAGGAAGACGAGAUCCGGGUCCUCCCGCAGUGCGGCCAUAGCUUCCACGUCGCCUGCGUCGACCUGUGGCUGGCGGCUCACUCCUCCUGCCCUUCCUGCCGCCGCCACCUGGGGGACGGCUCGAGCGCCGCCGCCGGCGGAUCCAGCAAGUGCGCCUCCGGACCAACCCCCGGCUCGCCCUCUUCUCUGUCCAGGAACUGCUGA